GAGCUGUGCGUGCGUGGGCCCCAGCUGAGCACAGAGUGAUGAAGCUUGGUGCCAAGCUUCCCUCUGCAGUGAGCUGACUGGGAGUGUUUGGGUGUCGGGACUGGAAAGGCGUGGCAGUGGGCUGAACCUGGAGGAUGGGGGGGAGAAACACCCACAGGGUCCAUUGACCUGGUACCAGCUGAGGCCCAGGAGCUGGUGGUAGAACCUGGACUGUCUGAAUCUCCACCUGCUCCGUCUGGACACGCUCCGGUCUGUGGGUGUGCCACACCGCGCGCACGGAGCUGAGUUCUUCGCCUGGUGAUAGGAUACCUACCACACAAAGGUAGAAAAUGAGCAAAUCUCCCACCCCAAAGGGGACCCCUGUGCAGCGCAGCCCCAGUGAUGGGGUCCCUGAGGGCCUCCAGUCUCCUCAACACUCCACCCCAGUCUCUGGAGAGAGAAAGAAACACCUCUCCAGCCUCCUUCAGAGUCCAUCGUUCCGAGAGGAGCUGGACGGUCUGAUCCAGGAACAGAUGAAGAAGGGGGGCAGCUCCUCCAAUCUAUGGGCUCUGAGGCAGCUGGCUGAUUUCAUGGCCUUCCAUGGCUCCCCAGCUGCCCUGCCAGUCUCACCUUCCAACAUGAUGAUGGUGACGCCCAUUAACGACAUGCAUGGAUGGGACCCCAGCAGCUUGGCGAAGGGGGAGAGGUUGAUGCGUUGCAAGCUAGCCAGCACCCAUCGGCUGUUUGACCUUUAUGGCUGGGCCCAGAUCAGCCAAACCUGUCUCACACUGCGUGUGAGUAAAGAACAGGAACAUUUCUUGGUGCUUCCAGACGGUUUGGCCUACAGUGAAGUGACUGGAUCCAGUUUGGUGAAGGUGAACCUCCUAGGUGAAUCUGUGGAGAAAGGCAGCACCAACCUACUAGUUGAUACUGACAAGUUCAGCCUGCACUCAGCCAUUUACUCUGCACGGCCAGAUGUCCGCUGCCUGUUCCACCUCCACACACCAGCCACAGCAGCGGUUUCAGCCAUGAAGUGUGGUCUGCUGCCUCUGUCCCACGAGGCUCUGCUGGUCGGUGACGUGGCCUAUUUUGACUAUAAUGGAGUCAUGGAGGAGGAGGAGGACAGAGUGGAGCUGCAGAAGAGCUUAGGCCCCACCUGUAAGGUUUUGGUGCUGAGGAAUCAUGGCAUUGUGGCUCUAGGGGAAUCUGUGGAGGAAGCAUUUUACACCAUCUAUCAUAUCCAGGCAGCCUGCCAGAUCCAGGUGUCGGCGUUGUGUUGUGCUGGAGGAGAACACAACCUGAUCCUGCUGGAUCGGACCGUCCAUAAACCCUCUGCAGCUGGCACUGUCGGCUGGGCUGGCUCCACCUUCGGACCAAUGCAUAAAAGCCGCACAGGGGAACACGAGUUUGAGGCGCUUAUGAGAACGCUGGAUAAUCUGGGCUACCGUACUGGCUAUGCCUACCGCUUCCCUGUGCUGCUGGAGCGAACACGGACACGGAGGGAGGUGGAGGUGCCAGCAACCGUGACAGCCUUCCACCAGUUCGAUGAUGACAGCGUCCACCCCGCUCUGAGGCAGCACCCGUUUGCUCAGCGCCAGCAGCAGGAGAGGACACGAUGGCUCAACACCCCUAACACCUACCAGAAAGUCAGUCAGGAGCAAGCCAGCCCGGGGCACCAGCGCACCACUUGGUUGAAGACAGAAGAGCUGACACAGGCUGGCAGCACAGCCAUCAAGAUUGAAAACCCAAACCAGUUUGUGCCUCUUUACACCAACCCUAAAGAGGUGAUCGAGACACGAAACAAGAUCCGACAGCAGAAUCGUCAGGAUAUGAAAACCGCAGGACCACAGUCUCAAGUCCUGGCAAGUGUCAUAACAGAUAACAGCCCUCCGACCCCAGAGAGCCCACCCAAAGUCCCACCAGAACCAGAACCUCCCAAUCCCUUCAACCAGCUGACGGACCAAGAGCUGGAGGAGUACCGCAAGGAAGUGCAAAGGAAACAAGACGAGGGGACCAAUGUAGGGGAGGCAGUGGAGAAUGACGAGUCUCCCCCUGCUACCUCCCCUACUAAAGGCCCUGCAGGCGGCCACGCCCUCCUCUCAGCAGAGACGGAACAGAGUGACUUGCCUGCCAUUCAAAACGGUGGUGAGGAGGAGAAGCAGGCAACGGAGGAGCUGGAGAAAGGGAUGAAGGCUCUUUCCACCAACGACACCUCUUCCACUCCUACCGCUCUGCCGACCAAACCCCAAGGUAACACCCCCGAGGGUUCGCCAUCCAAAUCCCCAUCCAAGAAGAAAAAGAAGUUCAAGCCGCCAUCCUUCUUGAAGAAAAGCAAGAAGCAGAAGGAAAAAGUCGAGACUUGAGUUGUCCACACGAACACCCUCGGCCUCGGUGAAAUGCUUCAUCUUGUACAAGAGCACAGCAGUUGAGCGAACCACAGCAGAUCUGAUCAGACUCAUUUCACAGCUAAACUGCUUUACACUGAUUUCAUGUCUGUGGUGAUUCAUCCGCAGCAGGUUAAAGAGCUCUGGUCAUCGUUUUCAUUGAUUAUUUGGUCGAUACAAGUCAAUAAUGGGACGAACUACUUGUGAUCACUAACACAGUUUGUGUAUUUCUGUCUCAUUUUCACGCAGCAGUUUGUCACUUCACUGUACUGUACAGCCAGUCAUCAUCUAUGUGUAGACACUUGAUUUAUUUAGAUUAAUAUUCUAGCACGUCACGCUUGUUCAUCGAUAUACACAUCUCUUAGUCAGCUUUGAUUAUCAGCUAGAUGUUGCAGGCAUAAUCUUUGAGUAUGGGUGCAGUACUUUUAGAAAUAUACAAAUAGUUACCGGCUGUGUGCAGCUGAAUGUAAGUUUUAUGUAAAACUAUCAGACUAUUGUGGCUUUUUACAGCAGAGACCGAGAGAGGAGUAGAAAAGAAAAGCAAUGAAAUGAUGUCAGGAAAAUUGUUCAAAAUGAGCCACUAUCACCACUGGAAUUAAAUUCAAAAAGAAAACAACAACAACAACAAGAUAUGCUUAAAGUACUAAACAUUCCACUUUUCUUGAUUUAUUUAAAAACAUGUAUAAAUUACCUCUUGACAGUGAUCAUUUUAGUUUGAACCAGUAGCUGUUCUCAAAAU